GGGGAGCGAGGUUUGGGCUGAGCGUUUCAGGGGGGCAUUUUCCCUCCCCCAGCUUCCGAGCCCCGGGCCAGGACCAGCAGCUCGCUCCGGGCAGGCGAGCGAGCCCUCCGCGGGCUCUUUAAAAGAAGCGGAACGGUCCCGCGGCACCUGUGUUGUAGCGGGGGCAAAUUUCAUUGCCGCACGGCGGGGUCCUUCGCGCGGUGCGUCCGCCGGCUGCCGAGUCCCUCCCGGCUCAGGUCUCUGCCGCGCUCGCCAUGGACGCGUUAGCGGCAAAGCUGGGGGCUCUGACCCCGGAGCAGGCAGCGGCUCCCGUGAACACGGUGGAGGAAAAAUGGAGACUUCUUCCGCUUUUCUAAAGGUCAAAGCUACUAGUUUCAUCGCACAUAGACUCAUUCAACUAUUUCAUCAAUGUAGAGAUAAAGAAAUCAUGAAACCAAUGAAAAGUCACAAGUGAUGCUGACCCAAUGUGGUAUUUAAAAUACCUCAAUAUUUAUGUGGGAGUUCCAGAUGUUGAAGAAAGCUUUAAUGUAACAAGACCUGUGCUCCUCAUGGAGUGUCGCUUGAGAGAUAUGACCUACUCUGCCCCAAUUACGGUGGACAUUGAGUACACUAGAGGUAGCCAGAGGAUUAUUCGCAAUGCAUUACCCAUUGGCAGAAUGCCUAUAAUGCUGCGCAGCUCCAACUGUGUUCUUACUGGAAAAACUCCAGCAGAGUUUGCCAAACUUAAUGAAUGCCCUUUAGAUCCAGGUGGCUACUUCAUUGUCAAAGGUGUAGAGAAAGUAAUUCUUAUUCAAGAGCAGUUAUCCAAAAACAGGAUCAUUGUGGAAGCUGAUAGAAAAGGGACAGUUGGGGCUUCUGUUACCAGUUCCACUCAUGAGAAGAAGAGCAGAACAAAUAUGAUUGUGAAACAAGGAAAAUUUUACCUGAGGCAUAACACUCUGUCAGAAGAUAUUCCCAUUGCUAUUAUAUUUAAGGCCAUGGGUGUUGAGAGUGACCAAGAGAUUGUGCAGAUGAUUGGUACAGAAGAGCAUGUGAUGGCUGCAUUUGGUCCUAGUUUGGAAGAAUGCCAAAAAGCUCAGAUUUUUACACAGAUGCAGGCAUUAAAGUACAUAGGAAACAAGGUACGAAGGCAGAGGAUGUGGGGAGGCCCAAAGAAAACGAAGAUGGAGGAAGCGCGAGAGCUGCUAGCAUCAACCAUCCUGACACAUGUUCCUGUAAAAGAAUUUCAUUUCCGUGCCAAAUGUAUCUACACAGCAGUGAUGGUCCGCAGGGUAAUUCUGGCCCAAGGGGAAAACAAAGUAGAUGACAGAGACUAUUAUGGAAACAAGCGAUUGGAAUUGGCUGGGCAGCUUCUUUCCCUUCUCUUUGAAGAUUUGUUCAAAAAAUUUAACUCUGAAAUGAAAAAGAUUGCUGAUCAGGUAAUUCCAAAGCAGAGAGCAGCCCAGUUUGAUGUAGUGAAGCAUAUGCGUCAAGAUCAGAUCACCAAUGGCAUGGUAAAUGCCAUCUCUACUGGAAAUUGGUCACUGAAAAGAUUCAAAAUGGACCGCCAAGGUGUGACACAGGUGUUGUCCCGCUUGUCUUAUAUAUCUGCUCUGGGAAUGAUGACAAGAAUCUCUUCUCAGUUUGAAAAGACAAGAAAAGUGAGUGGCCCCCGAUCUCUUCAGCCAUCUCAGUGGGGUAUGCUUUGCCCAUCAGACACUCCUGAAGGAGAGGCUUGUGGUUUGGUUAAAAACCUAGCUCUGAUGACUCACAUUACUACGGAUAUGGAAGAUGGCCCGAUUAUUAAAUUAGCCAGUAACCUUGGAGUAGAAGAUGUAAACUUACUAUGUGGAGAAGAACUUUCAUAUCCAAAUGUGUUCCUUGUCUUCCUUAAUGGUAACAUCCUUGGUGUCAUUCGAGACCAUCCGAAACUAGUUCACACGUUUCGGCUAAUGCGGCGAGCGGGUUAUAUCAAUGAAUUUGUUUCAAUCUCCACGAAUCUUGCCGACAGAUGUGUCUACAUUUCCUCUGAUGGAGGAAGAUUGUGCAGACCCUAUAUAAUUGUAAAGAAGCAAAAACCUGCAGUUACAGACAAGCAUAUGGAAGAACUUGCUCAGGGAUACAGGAAUUUUGAAGAUUUUUUGCAUGAAGGCCUAGUUGAAUAUUUGGAUGUGAAUGAGGAAAAUGACUGCAACAUUGCACUGUAUGAACAUACAAUUACUAAAGAUACAACACACUUGGAGAUUGAACCUUUCACGCUUCUUGGCGUCUGUGCUGGGCUUAUUCCAUAUCCUCACCAUAACCAGUCCCCAAGAAACACAUACCAGUGUGCUAUGGGGAAGCAAGCAAUGGGUACCAUUGGAUACAAUCAACGGAACAGAAUUGAUACUCUUAUGUAUCUAUUAGCAUAUCCACAAAAGCCAAUGGUUAAAACAAAAACCAUUGAACUGAUAGAGUUUGAGAAACUGCCAGCUGGACAGAAUGCCACAGUUGCUGUGAUGAGCUACAGUGGUUAUGAUAUUGAAGAUGCUCUUGUCUUAAACAAGGCCUCCUUGGACAGAGGAUUUGGAAGGUGUCUUGUGUAUAAGAAUGCCAAGUGUACACUGAAGCGCUACACAAAUCAGACAUUCGACAAAGUGAUGGGUCCAAUGUUGGAUGCAGCUACACGUAAACCAAUUUGGCGUCAUGAAAUUUUAGAUGCUGAUGGCAUAUGCUCUCCAGGUGAAAAGGUAGAAAACAAACAAGUGCUUGUGAACAAGUCCAUGCCAACUGUGACUCAGACUCCUCUGGAAGGAAGUAAUGUUCCUCAACAGCCACAGUAUAAAGAUGUACCAGUAACAUACAAAGGAGCAACUGAUUCAUAUAUUGAGAAAGUAAUGAUCUCUUCAAAUGCAGAGGAUGCUUUUUUGAUCAAAAUGUUGUUGAGACAAACUAGACGUCCAGAAAUUGGAGAUAAAUUUAGCAGUCGUCAUGGACAAAAAGGGGUAUGUGGACUGAUAGUACCUCAGGAGGACAUGCCAUUUUGUGAUACAGGAAUUUGUCCAGAUAUCAUUAUGAAUCCUCACGGCUUCCCAUCGCGUAUGACGGUGGGAAAGUUAAUUGAGCUCUUGGCAGGGAAAGCUGGUGUCCUAGAUGGCAGAUUUCACUAUGGAACAGCUUUUGGAGGUAGCAAAGUUAAGGAUGUGUGUGAAGAUCUCAUUCGCCAUGGAUAUAACUACUUAGGGAAGGACUACGUAACAUCUGGCAUCACUGGAGAACCCUUGGAAGCAUAUAUCUAUUUUGGUCCUGUGUAUUAUCAGAAACUAAAGCAUAUGGUGUUGGAUAAGAUGCAUGCCAGAGCUCGAGGCCCUAGAGCUGUCCUUACCAGGCAACCCACUGAAGGGCGAUCACGUGAUGGUGGUUUACGUCUUGGAGAAAUGGAACGAGAUUGUUUAAUAGGUUAUGGAGCCAGCAUGCUUUUGCUGGAGAGACUGAUGAUUUCAAGUGAUGCCUUUGAAGUGGAUGUCUGUGGACAGUGUGGCUUGCUGGGAUAUUCUGGCUGGUGCCAUUACUGCAAGUCGUCUUGCCACGUGUCAUCCCUGCGCAUUCCAUAUGCCUGUAAACUAUUAUUCCAAGAACUUCAGUCUAUGAACAUUAUACCCAGGCUAAAAUUGGCUAAGUACAAUGAAUGAGCCAGCAAAACAAAGAUUUAAGAAGAAAUUAAAAAAAAAUGUGCAGAACUGGAAGGAAUUUCCGUUAAAAGGAGUGACUUAAACCUGAGGGGGUGGGGGAGGGAAGGAAGAGGGCUGAUGAAUUCCUUAUUAUUUUCCCUCUGCUAUUUUAAGUUGAUUGGGAAACUGUGCUGUAGAGAACAUCAAGAGCAAUUGGUGGGGACUCAGGCAGCCCAGAUGAAUGAGAUGUGUAGCAAUUAUGUAAAAGGCCCUGAUCCAGCAAAGCGCUGCACACAACGGAACUUUUAAGCAUGUGAUAGUCAUGCAUUCAGGAUGCAAGUGCUUCUCUGGAUCAGGGCUUAAGUUUUAUUAACUACAGUGGCUUAUCCAUAUUGCUUAAGUAUUUGUUUAUUUUUUCCAGACAGACAGUGUAUGAAAGACUAAUAAAUUUUUUUUCAAGUA